CUCCACCCUUCCUUUUCCCUUGUAGAGCUCCUUGUCAGCCCUUUAAACUCUCCCUUUACCAUCCUAUCAUGGUUCUUCGGUCGGUAAGGGCCCAUAUCUACACCAUUCAAAUACCUUGCUCCUACCGCUCGUUUCACAGCAGACUCGCAAAAUUUGUUACUAUAAAUGCCAAAGGGUUCCCAACCGAACGGGAAGUUAGCAUUCGAGUUGGCGAUGACCACGAGGCAUACGUGCUCGUGCCUACAGAUGUUGGCACUGCUAUAAAGGCAGGCUGUGCAUUGCAACAGGGAUUUUCACAUAACACGGACUCCGAGCAUUUGCUGUUCCAUCACGAUACUCGACGCUUCACUUGCACGUCGGCUCCAUAUCCGCAGCUUUCAAUCGAUCACGAUCUGCCUCGUCAAUCAAACUCUAAAACUAGCCCUGCUACAUUAUAUCUGUUUGGAGCUACACAUACAAUUGCCUUAGAUAAGACACCAGACGCUGAAUUUGCAAAAGAGUCUCAAGAGACGUGGCGCGAAAUGAAGCCGGUGUUAGAUAACCUCAAGGAUAUGUAGUCUGUCGAGGUUACGGGUAUGCGCAGAAUCCCCUCAUCACCU